CAAAAUAUCAAUAAAUACUCAGCUGUUUCAGGAAGAUUUCUGGACCAUGCAGUUCUAAAAGUUUUUAUUUGUGCUGAGGCAAUUUCGUAAUUCUGUUGCUGCAUAACGUAAUUUUAAGUCGAAGAAAUGGGCAAUUCGGUAUCCGCUGCUGAGGCGGUGGCCGCCCAUGUGACCGGUUCAAUGCCUAAAGGUCACCCAAACGUGUCUUCUGCAGGGGGGAUGGAGCCACCACCUGAAUGCCCAAUGCACAAAAAAGCAGACUCUGCUCCAAAAACCGAGCCCGUCUUGAUGAGCGAGUGUCCGGUAGGUGGAGGAAAUGAUAUCAAUCCAACAAACAUGAUGCCACCACCUAAUCAGCAGCCCUCGGCUGGACAGCCUUUCCCCUUGCCUACCGAACGACAAGUCUCUUCGAUUCCCAAAAUUGGUGAAAAUAAAGAGUUCUGGGUCUACCCUUCGCAACAGAUGUUCUGGAAUGCUAUGCUCCGCAAGGGUUGGCGAUGGAAGGAGGAAGACAUCAAGCAACAGGACAUGGGUCACAUCAUUAGAAUUCACAACGCCAACAAUGAGCAAGCGUGGCGAGAGGUGCUCAAGUGGGAGGCUUUGCAUGCCAAGGAGUGCGGUGAUCCCCGACUCAAAAGCUUUGGUGGAAAAGCCAAGGAUUAUUCACCCAGAGCCAGAAUAAGGCAAAUGCUUGGCUACGAACUGCCAUUCGACCGCCACGACUGGAUAGUCGAUAGAUGUGGAAAAGAUGUGCGCUACGUGAUUGAUUAUUAUGACGGUGGAGAUGUUGACGGCAACUCGUAUCAAUUUGCCUUGCUUGACGUACGUCCAGCUAUGGACUCUUUUGAAAACGUCUGGGAUCGCAUGAAGGUUGCAUAUUGGCGAUGGAAAUACGAGCGGGAAGAAAAACAAGAUCACCAGUCAAGUAGUUAAGGGUUUUCUUUCAUCUCAUUCGAAGACCUUAUUUAGACAGUUAUUUAAAAAUUAAAUUCUCCGUCAGCAUAAUUAUAACUCCCUCAAGCAAAAUGGAAAUAUGUUGUAUUAAUUUGCAUUACAAGAACGCCAUAUUGCUGAAUGUGCUAUACGCUUGAUGGGUUCUUGUGAAACUCACAAUUUUUAUAUUAGCCUGAUUUCUGGUUUAAUAAGCCCAAAGAAUAAAAAUAGAGCUUUGCAAAACUAAUUGAAAAA